AUGCACAGUUCUAAAGACACUCUGUCACGAAGUAACCCAUUGCUUGAUCAGGUGCGGAACGGUGUGCCGGGCCUCUCGAUUGGGGUUUCGCGCAACGGGCGCUGCAUCUGGAAGGAGGGCUUCGGGUACGCGGACGUGGAGCAGCUGGUGCCGUGCACAAGUGAGACGGUGAUGCGAAUUGCCAGUAUCAGCAAGCCGGUGACUGCAGCUAUCGCAGCUCGCUUGGUUCAGGACAAGAAGCUUGCUCUGGAUGCUGCUGUUCAGGAGUACGUGCCCGAUUUCCCCAAGAAGAAAUACAAUGGUAAGGAUGUUGUGAUAACGAUCCGUCAACUUCUCAGCCAUACAAGUGGCAUCAGACAUUACAAUAAGAGGGCCUUCAUUACACCAAACUAA